UGUGUGUGUGUGUGUGUGUGUGUGUGUCUGUGUGUGUGUCUGUGUGUGUGUGUGUGUGUGUGUGUCUGUGUGUGUGUGUGUGUGUGCGCGCGCGCGCGCGCGAGUGUGAAAGAACAUUCUCAGAAUUGCAAGACUGAGUGACAAUAGACAAACAGAACGGAGGAGUUUAAAUUACUGAGAAAAUCAAACGGGAGUUAGCGACAGGAUCACUGGGCAGGACGCUGUCGAUGGAGGGGCUUGGGGGACUUGUGUUGAAGUUGCUGUCAAUAUGGCUGAUCCUAGGGAUUACUCUCAUUAUGCUGCCUGCCAUGUUUGGUGUUUCAUUGGGAAUCACAGAACUUUACAUGAAGAUUCUGGUCAAGACACUUGAGUGGGCCACACGGAAAAUACAGAAGACAGCCCAGGAGAAGCCUGGCCAAUCCUAUUCACCCUCCAACGAAAUUAUUGAGAAGCGUGAUAAAGUCUCCCUGGAAGAAGAGAUCACCGAACUGAGGCGAUACUCAAGCAGAAGCAAGGCUGUUCCUGAGGGCAACUUUGACCUCUCUGAUGUGUUCUACUUCUCAAAGAAAGGAUUUGAGGCCAUUGUCGAGGAUGAAGUGACUACUCGGUUCAGCUCGGAAGAGUUGGUCUUGUGGAACCUGUUAACGAGAACCAAUAGAAACUUCCAGUAUAUCAGUGUUCGACUGACCAUCCUCUGGGGUCUGGGAGUUGCAAUUCGAUAUGGGGUCCUCCUGCCCCUGCGGAUCACUUUGGGUGUGAUUGGUAUUAGCUGGUUGGUGAUUGGAACCACUUUAGUAGGACAGCUGCCAAACAGCAGUGUGAAGAUAUGGCUCAGUGAGCUUGUUCACUUGAUGUGCUAUAGGAUAUGUGCAAGGGGACUGUCUGCAUCAAUCCGUUACCACAACAAGGAAAACAAGCCAAAGAGAGGAGGUAUUUGUGUAGCAAACCACACAUCACCAAUAGAUGUUGUUAUACUGGCCAAUGAUGGAGGUUAUGCAAUGGUUGGACAAGUGCAUGGAGGACUGAUGGGAAUUAUUCAGAGAUCCAUGGUCAAAGCUUGUCCACACAUCUGGUUUGAACGUUCCGAAAUGAAAGAUCGCCAAAUUGUAUUAAAAAGACUAGGUGAUCAUGCUGCAAAUAAGACAAAGCUACCAAUAUUAAUAUUCCCUGAGGGUACCUGCAUAAACAAUACCUCAGUUAUGAUGUUUAAGAAGGGAAGCUUUGAGAUAGGAGCCACUAUCUAUCCCGUUGCAAUCAAGUAUGACCCUCGGUUUGGUGAUCCCUUUUGGAACAGCAGUAAAUAUGGAAUGGUGAGCUACCUGCUCCAAAUGAUGAGCAGUUGGGCUAUUGUCUGCAAUGUAUGGUACAUGCCUCCAAUGACUAGACAGGAAGGGGAAGAUGCCGUACAGUUUGCCAAUCGAGUAAAAGCAGUCAUAGCACAGCAAGGAGGCCUUGUGGAUCUUGCCUGGGAUGGAGCCCUAAAAAGAGCAAAAGUUAAAGCCAGUUUUAAGGAGCAGCAACAGGAAUACUACAGCAAGACACUCGUUUGGGAAAAAAAACAAUGAAGAGAAAUGAGAUGCUUGUCCAGACAUCCCUUCUCAGGGUCAUAGUUUACAUCUUCAUGUCACUUGGGUUGAUUGAAUGUCUUCGUACUAUUUUUGUAAUAUGAGCAAAUUUAUACACAAAGUCCCAAAUAGAAGAGUAUCUAUAAACGUUAAAGAUGCAACUGGGUUUGAGAGACAACUUAUGAAAAGCGCAGCUGGACGAUCAAUAUCAAUGCAUCUUAUCCUUUAAAGCAGUGCCCAGGGGUUUAGUAACUGCAAUUUGAUGGCAAAUCUUGGUGCGGAUAUUCAUCCUUGUGUUUCCAAAGAUGGCAUGCGAAGCAGUGACAUUACCCUACUGCCAGCUCCUUUAUCACUUCCAAGUAGUGAGCAGCAAAAGAAGCUGGAGACCAAGACUCUGCAACUUUGCCUGUUCCUGUGCAGGCCUUGGCUUUUUGAUCAGAAGCUAAGUUUCUAAGAAGCUAAUUCCAUUUGGUGAAAAAGAAGACAAAAUGAAAAGGAUCAAAAACAAUUCUUAUUCUUGUUCAUAUAUUAAGUGGCUUUCUUGUUAACCUGUAGAUUGUGUUCACCUCUGUUUGUUGAAGUGAUUGAUCUUACAUUAGAGGAAAGUCUGGAACUGCUGGAAUAGGAAUUGGCGUCAAGUAAAUGGUAUCUGCAGCUUAUGGAUGUUCUUUGACUUAGCAGCAUUAGGUGGUAAAGUUGUGUGUUUUAGCCUUGAAGAAUAUUUUGACUGCCACAGAUAUUUUCAAAAGAAACUCAUUUUUAAAUUAAAUUAACCUGAUAACUGCAGGUUUGUUGAAAGCUGGAUAGACUUUUUAUUUGGCUAACACAAGUUUUAGAACAUUCCCAAAGAGAGUUUAAAACCCUCAAAAAAAUCUGCUACUUGAUACUCAAUUAAGACUUUUGUUUUAGACCAAGCUGAUUGUAAUCUGCAAAUAAGUUAUUAAAUCAAAAACACACCACAGUAUGUGAGUUAAUGCCCAAUUGUUUUCAAGGCAGGAAAAAGAUAUGGAGUUUGAAGAAAUAUUUCCAGUGAUGUUUAAACUAAAUCUUUGUAGAAUUAUUUUGUUAUCCUUCAUUCUGGCUGUCAGUGUCUAAUAUGUUAGGAAGUUCCUGUGCCAAUUUCAGGGACUGCCAAAGAUAACAAAAAGCAAAGGAUGCUUUCUCAAUGGUCAGUGCAAUUAAUUAUUUCUACUAUGGUGACAAGUAGUACAUUUGUGCAUUAUUUUAUCAUAAAUUGGGGCAAUCCCUGCUUUGUAAUUGCAAGUUUGUAUCUAUUAAUGUAUUAAUUGUAUCUUACAAUGUGAAACUGGCAAAACCAAUUCAUUUCACAUCACACGGUAUCAACAUGAUAUCUCAUAAACCUGAAACUGUUUAAUAUACUUUCUUUUUGUUCUGAAACAAAAAUACAGGUAACUGCCUCAGCUGAUGAAACAAUUUUUUGUAUUCACAUCUUUCCAACUUAUUUAUUUUCAAUAUGGAUAUAAAUGUGUCAAUUUUUUUCCUGCUCGAGGGAUGGCAAAAGAUGUUUUUCCUUACAAGGAUAUAACAAGUUGCAGAUUGCCAGCCAUUGAAUUCUGACAUAAGCUGUGAAUAAUUGUUAGAAACAGUAUUUCUUAAAAAUUGUCUUUACUGAUUCUUUAACAUGUAAUCAGAUUGAAUGUCAGAUAGUUGUGAAAUUCUAACUAAAUUGCAGUUUAAUGUAAAAAAAAUCCUCACCAGGAUACACAAGUAAUUAAGAUCACAGACUUUACAGUUUGUUAGUCGUGGUAUCAAAUGCCCUUAUUUGAGGUCCUUUGUUGGCAAUGUUAUGAAGAGAUAAAGGAUGGUCAAGAAGUGCAGAUAGUUUAUUGAGUUCUCAGGGAUAUGGCUGGGCAAGUUUAUUGGUUUCCAAUGCACAGUUAAUUUGGAAUUGGUCAAUGGUUAUUUUGGAAAUUAAUGGCAAGACACCAGUUUUUGUGGUACUAAAGGCUUUUACGGGUUUAUGUUAGAUUCUUUUUAUAAUUUACAUUGUGCUGUUAGUAUUUUGUGUCUCAAAAUUAUCACUGAAAUACAAAAAUUGAUAACCAGAGAGAAAGGUAACAAAACAAUAUUUGGCUAAGCCACCCUAAUAUUUGGCAUAUCUAUCUGAACCAGAUUCUGGAAUGUCAGAUUUAAGACAAAGCUACCAGGGUAGAAGUGGAUGCAGGUGGACCUGAAAUGGCGUCUCCUGAGCUUCAAAAGUCUGCCUCAAAGUGAUCCUCCCAGGGAAGAUAAAACAAGCAAUUCCAUUUGGGCUGGAUAAGAUGAUGAGUAUUCUGGAAAACUGCCAAUACAAGCAUUAAGUAGGAUAUGAUUUGCCUUUUGUGUAUAUUCAGCAGUGGAAGCCAGGGAAAUGGCUUGUGGUUUUAGUGUCUUGUGCCAUGUUGACAACAAUGGAACCAAAUAUUUGGGAGGUAGUAAAAUUCACUCACUGCACCUAUGCACACACUUGCCAUUUGUGACCCUCAUUUCUGCUCAAAAGGUUUCAUUGAACAAACAGUGAUACACUGAAUAGGCUGAGAAGCUAAUUCCAUUAAUUACAGAGUAGGAUUUUCAGUGUAAAUUUGUAAGUCAUUAUGUUGCUUUUGAAAGUAAUAACUGCUUUUAUUUUACUGACCAUUUUAUUUUCUCCAAUAGCUUUAUACUGGGUGUGUGCUGUUUAAGUGCUGCUGUAUAUGAUUAAUAAACAAUUGUUCAUAACUUUGA